AUCUUUCCAAAGAUGUGUUACGUACGACGCAGAAUAUUUUGACGUUGACUGCAACCACGGAAACCUAAAACCUCCUCAGUUACUGUACCGGAUUUCCUCAUAGAUCUCAUUAAUUGCGAGCACAGCGAGCAGAAUUGGCCGACAUGUGAGGAACCUGUACGGUGCAGUGUGCCAAACAAGUGCCAAUGUUACGGUCCCGAUAACUUUUUUUGUCGUCGUAACCGGCUUUUCGUCGCGUAGCAUCUCUUUCAUUUCUUAAAGUUAUCGUGACGCUCUAGGAUGUGAGAAUGUUGUUUUUACAUGUAUAAAGAAUGGCUGUGCUGCUUUUCAACAGGUGAAGAUGAGUAUGUCGUCGUAUUUCUAUUUACCCGCUGAGGUGCCUUGCGCCUUGGUAUUUUGGGCCUUCGGGUUUUGCCUCCGCAUACUGGUUACUGGUCAUCUCUUCCACGGUUCCACAGUCCGUAUCCUGUUGUUUUCCGAGCAUCAUGCUUCCCGUUCUGAGUACUAUGUCUUUGGUACAUUCUUGUCACAUUUGCCAGAUCCGUCUUUGAGAUUCAAGACCUAGAGUGAAUAAAUUUGCUGCGCUCGCAAAAGGUGGGUACUCCAUUAUGUCUUAAUUUCUUUAUUUCACCUUAUGGCCUUGACAUUAUCUUAAUUUUUACGAGUCGGCGAGGUAUUGCUUACCUGAGCUUGUAUUAGCGGAGUCGACCAAUUCAUACUGUUUCAUG